AUGCCAUUUAUAAAAGCAUUUAAACAAAUAGAUUUGGCUAAUGAGCAACAACCAAUAUUAUCAGCUCCACAAUAUAUUGAUUUUGCAUUAUAUGAACACGCAUUGUUAGCUGAUACAAAUAUAGAUUCAAGAAUGAAUAAAGCACGUCCUUAUUGGUCAAAUCUUAUGAAUGGUUAUGAUUGGAAUCGAAUACAAGAUUUAGUACCGCAUGAAAAUAAAACUGAUCAAAUUCGUUCUGAUCGUGCUUAUUCAACUGCAUUUAGUUUUCAUGAAAAUAUUGUUGAUGCAAAGAUUUCUUUUGCUUCAUCAAAUAAUCUAACAAUGUUUUCAUUAUCUCUCGCUUGUCAUUAUGUAUUUUUAUAUAAAUUAAUUAAUAUAGAUGAUGAUUUAUGUGUUGGAAGUGUUAGAGCUAAUCGACGAAAAUAA